UCUGUCAUGUAGUAUGGCGGCGACCAUGUACCCGAGAAGGAGUGGAAGGCGCCCCAAAGGUCGUCAUGAUAGUGGAGAUACCGACGUUCCGCUUGAUUUGAGUAAAGAUCCAGCUGAUAAUGUGAGAGACAUUCUCGUUCAUGUUGCCCAGGAGCGGAAUAUCAAUAGAGGGCGCCGGGUGGCAUUCCUCAACAACUUUGUCAAGGUCAUCAAUCAUGUCUCAAGCAUCGAGAAGUUGGGUCAUCCUGUACUGGAAAUAGUUGGAUGUUUAAGGCUUUCCCUGUUACACAGCACAAAGGAAGUACGUAGCGCAGGCAUCCGGGCACUGCGAUACCUACUUCAAGAUGAGACGAGUCUACAAGCGAUGUUGACGUUACACGUUGACUACCUGAUCAUGAGAUCAUUAGAUAUCUGUCUCUCUAACGAUGUGGAACGAGUACAAGCCAUUAGGUUCAUCAGAAGAAUAAUUGCCAUUGCCCCAGCAUUAUGCCCCACCUCGUUGGUACACACCUUGGUUGCUAUCGGCAACGAUGGUGAGAAGAUGCGAGAUAGAAUGGUACGCUCUGCCCUUGAGACGCUCUGUGAGCUAGCAAUAAAAAACACGGAGGUGUUUGCAGUAGCAGGCGGUUUGGCUACCCUGGUUCAGAAUAUCUUAGACUCCCAGCAUCUGAGAAUCAACGAGGCCAUAAUGAUGACUGUACUUCAUCUUCUGAAUCAUCCACACACUCGCAAGUUCAUCCGACUCAAUGUGGAUAUAGAGCAAGUCAUAGCACCAUAUACAGAUGUACACUACCGUCACCAUGGAGAUACUAAUGAACAAACAAGCGAGGAGCGUGAAAUGAGACAUGCGGCAAGUCGGAUGGCCAUCGUUACCCUCAUCAGAUCCUGGCCAGGAAUGAUCCGACUAUGUCAGCCAGAAGCCAGUGGGCUUCACUCAUUAAUGUCCAUCUUAUGUAUACCACAUGAUGAAAACAGGAGAUAUCUUCUUCAAGUCUUGUUUGAUAUUUUCUACAUCCCUAUUCCUGAUUGGACAGAUGAUUUUGACGUGGCUCUUCAGAGUAUAGAUCGUUAUGAGAUGCAGUCGUCGUGGGCGUUAACCGAGGGUUUCGUUGUGGAGGAAGGCAAAGCCAUACUACCUCACCGAGCAGCCACGAGAACCAACCUCACAGAGAACCAGUUAGCGUUGAUAUUACUAGCAUUCACUAACGCUGGACUUCUAGAAAGUAUCGUUGAAGUAAUCACAUCAGGCUCGGACCAUUUAUCUAUCAUGGCCACCGUCUUACUGGGUGAACUGUUACACAUGGCGGACCGUAUCUUGCCAUCGGAAUGUGAACAGCAUCAUCAUUGUCUACCGACCCUAAUGAUCUUAGCAGCGUCGUUUGACGUUCCUGUACUCCAAAGAAAUCGUGCCAGUGCCGCCAUAACACACCUGGACCGACUUCAUGAGAUGAACAAGCGAGGGCCUGUACCCUGCAGUCUGUUUCUCAGCUUCAUCAUGAGCUUAUCGCAGACGUUCAUGGCUGACAGGAAAUCUAAACUCAACAGGGAUAAACUCAAACAGUGCAUGACAAAGGAUACUGAUGAUAUCAGUACACAAGCCAGCCUGAAAGAAACUCAAGUGUUGUCUGCCAAAGAUUAUACAUGCUGGAACUGGGAACUCAUUGGCUGCAUCAUUAAGAAAGGGGGUCCAUUCUUGAAGAAACUUGAAGAUGCUAACAUUAACAGGUUUUUCAGAAAGCUGAUCGAUUUCUACAAACCAACAAGUAAACAAUUUGCAAGUAUUGAACUGCCAAAGUCGCUGGUUAGACCAACCAAUCUUCAGACCCAUACACUCGUUGGAUGUCAACUCAUUGAGUUCCUGUUUGAAGGGGAUGACAACGAGGCUUUACAGUUGCUGCGAGAGUUAGCCCAAGACAUCGCUGACUGUCUCUUAGAGAUCACCCUGGUACCUCAUAACAACGUACCGCCGGAGUCCGUCUUCAGUCCGGUCAGUAUUCAGACUACACUCAGCCAAGAUUACUUCCUGUUCAUCGGUAAAAUAUCACAUUCACCCAAAGGAGAGAAGAUCAUGGAGAAAUCCAGCAUGUUCCAAUAUAUUCUUGACGUUUGUUCAUUACAAGGUCACGAGGUCCUACAGAAGCUCAUCUCUACCUGUCUGGACUGUAGCAGAGACGGACUUGGGAGGACUAUUCUUAGUAAACUACUUACAUCUGCAUCAGAGUCCGUACGUCUGUACGCCACCGGUCACCUCCGAGUCCAACUCCGCGCCCAGAUUCCUUUCUUCCAGAACUGGGGCAUGGAGUUCCUGGUCACACAGCUGUACGACAAGAACUCCGCUGUAACUUCAGAGGCUAUUGAGAUCAUUGAAGAAGCGUGUGAAGACGAUUCCAAUCUACACAGCUUAGUACAGAUACGGCCAUCGUUACUUCAUAUGGGAGACAGGGGGGUGCUACUACUAACAAGGUUUCUGUCGACACCCAAGGGCUUCAAAUAUCUCUCGGAAGUAAACUUUGUCACCCACGAAUUAGAGAAAUGGCGCACCUCCUACAAUUGUAAGUACGUGACCUUGGUGGAGACAGAGAUCAACGAAGCUUUCACUUGCUACCAGAAACCCAUCUUCGAAGGCGGAUUCAUAAGACGAUCUCGAGAUGAGAAGAAGAAGCGGAAAGAUGUCUACGUUCCGGUUCAUCUGUACGGUCAGUUGGUUCAACAUAAGGCCGGUUGUGAGACACUUGAGAAACAGCAAUACAUUCCUGAGCUGUGUGAUAUUGUACGCUACGCUGACAUUACAACGUACUCUAGUAUACUCAACCUAAAGGCAGCUUUGUGGGCUCUGGGUCACACAGGAACAUCAUCCUACGGCCUACAGUUGUUAAGUGCAGAAUCCAUUAUUCCUGACAUCAUACGGCUAGCUGAAGAAUGCGAAGUCUUCUCCAUACGAGGGACCUGCUUCUAUGUCUUGGGACUCUUCUCCAAGAACCGCCAAGGAGCAGAUCUUCUGAGCUCUCUUGGAUGGGAGAGCGUACGCCACAGUCGUGCUGAGUACUUUCCCGUUCUGGAGGAGCGCCAUAAUCUCUUUGAUGAGCUCGGUCGGUUCACCGACCGCUCAGGAUCCUCACCAUUUCCGUACUCCCCACUGGGUGAAUCCACCUACACACUGGACAGCCCCAAGUUGUUUCUCCGCGACAAGCUGCCGGAUCUGGAGAGUCCAAAACUCAUCAUUGAAAACGACCCGGACGGGAAAAAUGUAUUUUUUGUGGGCGGAGAAGUGAGUCCGUGCCGGAGUUCCAGUCCCCAGCAUGGAUUCUCGGAAGAGGAUGAAAGUGACUCUCAGUUUAUGUCGGACGAGAAGUCGCCGUCGCUCGCCCCCCCGGUUCAGAGGAUGGGACGAAGAGACCGGACCAAAUCGAGCCCAACCAAAAUGUUAAUGGUUGGAAUCGCCGAGCAGAGGACUCACGGGAGCACUAGCGAGAUUGAGAAGAGGUCAAGGGUCAUGGGUAGCGACCUGGAGGUGCGGACCAGGUCGGGCUCCCACAGCGACAUGCCAGUUAGAACUCAGAAUCACGAUAGUGCGAAAUUCUCCAAAUAUGCAACUAUUGGACAUGUUGGGGGGACGCCAAGGAGCAGUAUCUUGAGACGGGUGCAGACCAUGCCGGCCAUGGAAGAACCCAACGGUCAGAGGAAGAAUGGCCGCUUGACAAAACUGAGGAGUAACAGUGACGCAAGCUCCAAACCACCAAGAUCCUCGUCCCCGAACCCAAAUAUAGCACGUUUCCAUUCCGACAUCAUGCCCGAUCGUGCACGGGCGUCAUCGAUGCGCGAGCGUAGUUUCGGACGCCGCUGCGACAGCAACGAAAGCGGACGCAGCAGCUUCGGCACAAAGAGUCGCAGUGAGAGUUUUGCGACGGACACCACUCAGACCAGCGGGAUCAGCUCUUUGCAUUCCAACCCGGGGAGUCCUCCGACGGAAUCUUCCAAUGCCAGCGUGAACACCAUCACAAGUAGUCAAACAAUCAAAGGUAUUCAUUCCUCAGACACAUUGCGAAAGCAGCACAAUCUUAAGCGUACUCCUAGUUUCAUGAAACGCUUAUCGAAGACCGUCUCGUCGAACUUUAACACGCCGUAUUCCAACGUCCUGGAGACGAGCGCUGUCUUCACAACUAGUCGGGACGCUCAUGGCUACGCUGCAUUGAAAGCAUUGCGUAUUCAUCGUCAGGUGUCAGGGGACCAGACUGCUCAGAAUAACACACGUCGUCCGGCCUCUAUCAGUAGUCAUGAUGAGCUGGCUUACCAUGUUGAAGAAAGAAAGAAGGGACUUCUUGUCGAUCGGACAGUGAGUAUAAACUCUCUGGAUGUCAUCCGAGGUGUACCCAAACCUCGAUCUAAUACCCACACCUCAUCCCAGUCAGUGACGGGGGAGUAUCUAGGGCUGUGUCUACCGGUAGAUGUCAGCCUCAUAUUCCAUACCGAUGAGAGUCAGUACCGUGGAGGUCGACGCCCGCCAUCAAGCACCUCCUCAGAGAACUCUGGUUUCCAAGACUUCUCGAGCAUCGACCCAUCAGCCCUCGUUCCUGACGGCCGGCUCCGCCCUGACAAGCACAACGAUACGGGAGACAUAGACCACGUCAAUCCGAGCGAAUCGUUAUACACAGACCCACAAGAUGAUGGUAGCUACGGUAACCACAGUGAGUUCAGGGCACGGAAGGGGAGUGUUCCGAUUGAGUUUACUGAAGACACAAAGCAUCUUGUGGAGCACUGCUUGAUCUGCACCAAGAUGAGGAGCCUGACUAAUCUGGACGCGGAGGAAGACGAAGAUGACCGGCUUCGCUCUAUCAGUGAGGCAGACAGCAACCUUCCUCAGACCCGGCCUCGUCUACGAGGUUCAAGCGCCGCCAGUGGCCGCUACACCCCAACCAGUGCCGAUAUGUCCUCAACCAGCACGGGGAGUGCGCAGAGCUCUGAUUCUAGUCACUCCACCCGUAUGAGACAGGAUACCCCACGAGGGCUGGCUUUGAUACGCAAAGAGGUGCUACGUCUAGUCAUUAAUCUAGGUAGCUCAGUGGGGAUGAAAGCCCAGGAACAAGGUCUCUUAAGCUUGAGAGAGAAAUUCCCUUCAACAUUUGAGAGUGUGUGUCUGUAUUCCGACGUUGCGUUCCUGAUUGGUAACUGUAGCUAUCGACUCUCCGCUAGACGCUUCAUCCAGGAGCUGUUUCAAGAUCUCAAAUACACUGAGCUGUUUGAGGAAGCUAGAGAGAUCCAAGGCGUGCAGGAGAUCGAAAAGAAGCUUGAAGAAACAAGUAACGUCUUAUCGGUGGUUUGUCAAUAAAUCAGUCAUGAAAGUGGAUUCAUCAUCAUGGUAAUGCUUGAGUGUGCUUAGAUUGAUACUCUAUACCUCUUACACGCACUUAUCGUGUCAGCCAUUUUGGUAGUCGAAAUAUUCACAAAGGAUUGAAUCUCUAUACCUCUUACACGCACUUACCGUGUCAGCCAUUUUGGUAGUCGAAAUAUUCACAAAGGAUUGAAUCUCUAUACCUCUUAC